AGAACAGAGGACAGACUAAAUUCCAUACGAGAGGAGCUCAAGGAUGUUGAGAUUGAAUAUAGGCCUUUCUCACAAUUAUUGACAUGCGCUGGUGAAGCAGAUGUCAUUUUCACAUGUACAGCUUUGGAAACACUUCUAUUCUCGAAAGAUCAAGUUCAGACACUCCCCCCUGUGGCUUCAGAAGUAGGAGGCGAGAGGUUAUUUGUCGAUAUUUCUGUUCCUAGGAAUGUGGGAUCAUGUGUGUCAGAUAUUGAGAGCGUUCAAGUUUACAAUGUGGAUGACUUGGAGGAAGUAGUGGCUGCCAACAAGGAAGACAGAUUGAUGAAAGCAAUGGAAGCUCAGGCGAUCAUUGAAGCAGAAGUGGAAGAAUUCGAAGCAUGGAAGGACUCCCUUGAGACUGUUCCAACCAUCAAGAAGCUUAGGGCAUAUGCAGAGAGAAUUAAGGCCGCUGAGAUGGAAAAGUGCUUGUCAAAGAUGCGUGAUGAUCUACCAAAGAGUGAAAAGAAAGCUAUAUAUGAUCUGAGUAUGGGGAUUGUGAACAAGCUUCUUCAUGGUCCCAUGCAACACUUGCGAUGUGAUGGCACGGAUAACCGUGGUCUGAACGAAAUCCUGGAAAACAUGCACGCGCUUAACAGAAUAUUCAGUCUAGACACGGAGGUAUCCGUUCUGGAGCAGAAAGUACGGGCAAAAGUGAAACAACAGAACAAACAAGUAGCUUCUUGAGAUCUCUGUAUGCAACCAUUCGUUCAUUUGAUUUGGGGGAGGGGAGGGAAGCUUCUCUCCAUCGGCAUUGAGUUUAUCAUUAUUGGGAGGUGUCGCAACUCUUUUAUAUAGGCGGGGACGACUUAAAGCUGGUUUUUAUACUUCAGUGACAAGGAUACAAAAGCAAGCCAUUGAAAUCUGACUUAGCAUUAUGAAUAAACAUGAGAGAGGUCAGAAUGCAAUACUUGUAAGUGUUUCUUGUUAAGCAUAUAUUUUUCCGGGGAAUUUAACUUUUAUUUCGUGUUGGGGUAUCCAAGACGCAUGUUACUAGAAAUUUAAUAAAUUUCAAAAGAUCUUAUUUUUAUUA